CGAUGACUGGUGAGUGCUAAUUUACGUUUUUCAACUGGUUGUGAGUAUAAGUAAAAAUAACAAGUAUUACGAAAUACUUAUUAAAAUGUGUAAGGCAUUGUUACACCAGAAGAAAAUACUGAAAGGAAAUAAUCCUAAUAGCAAACUAUACUGACUUGAAGUUUGAAUAUAUUGUUAUGGCAUUUUAUUCUACAUGUUACAGAUAGAUUCACAGAAAAUUUUCCUGAAGUUGAUUGAAAGUAUUAUUAACUAUAUAGGUUGUAUGUGAAAAAAGCUGAAAUGGAUUUGAGUAAACUAGUUCAAAUACAAACUGCUAUAUACUCAUCACUACACGAUGAAACUCUAGAAAUGAAAAUAAAUGCAUCACUACAAUUUCCAGAUAAUUUAUCAAUCCGUGAAGCUGGUUACAAUGGCUUACAUAUAUGUGCAAUGAAGGAAUUUACCGAACUUAUGAUAAAACUAAUCGACCAAGGUGUAGAUUUCAUUAAACAAGGAAGUACCAAUGGAUAUACUCCCCUUCAUUUAUUCGCCAUCAACAGUUACGCAUUCAAUAGUGAAAAACCAGCUCAAGAAUACAUAGGUUCAUUGGGACAGCAUCAAAUAGUAAACAUUCUACUAUCAGAGCAAAUAAAAAGAAACAAAACAUGCAAUCCAACAUGCUCUGUCGGAAUCAGUCAUUUGCACAUUGCAUGUAUGUUCGACUAUGUCGAAGCUGUUGAAUUUUUGUUAAAAAAUGGGGAGUCUGUCAACCAAGUAAUCGCUAGGAAAAGCAUCCGGUUUCCUGGGUGUGCACCUUUACACUUGGCUGUAAAUUUUUCUGCAGUUGCAACUGCUAAAAUUUUAUUUGACUAUAAAGCUGACAUACAUUUAAAAGAUGUCUUGGGCAGAAGUCCAUUACAUAGACUCGUAAAGCGGCAGUUAGAUGCAAUGGACUACAUUACUAUGGGAAAAAGAGAAAAUAAAACUUCAAUCGUACGAGAAGUAAAUAAGUUAGAGACGAUUAUCUGUGAUCUUCUCAAUUCCCGAGAAUCCAGUGAAGUAAAUUUUGUAGAUGAUAUAGGACUUUCAGCUUUCCAUGUAGCUUGCACAAUUAGCGAUCGACGCAAGGCUAAAGCUUUUUUGAAAGAUAAUGUUAACAUAAAUAAACCCCUUAACGACAACAUGCAAUGUUGGGCUGGAUGGACUCCAUUGCAUUUUGCUGCCUGUUGUAGUAUAGAAACAGUCAAACUACUUGUGAAACACGGAGCUGACCUCACAAUAAAAAAUAUGAUAGGAGAAACUCCACUAGAUUUUUGUUUGAGUAGAUAUUCUCCGGCAAUUGUACAUUCCAUUCUCUCAAGCAAACAAGAAUUCAAAGAAAUCUUGCUGAGCGACCAAUCGAUGACACUUUUGGAUUUGAUAUUAACUAUGGACAACUGUGACGAGUUCAAUAGUUUCCUGCAAAAUUUAUCAGACAUUAAUGCCUUUGUUUCUCAUGACUCUCCGAUCUGGCCAGGUUACAGCAUUUUUCAUCUGGCAAUAUCGAUGCACGACCGGGCUCUAGAUAUAAAACAAUAUUUAAAGCAGUUAUAUGAAAUUGACGUGGAUCCCGAAGACUACACAUGUACCGAGAUCGAAGAGAAGAGUUACUGGAAAAGAAUCGUCAUCUGUAUGGCUCGUCAAUGCACUGUUACAACAAGAGAUGUCGAUGGACUAACUCCAAUUCAUUUGGCUUUUAAGUUGCGUAAAGGCAACGUCGUCGACAAAUUGCUGAAUUGUUGUCGCACCAACGAGACCGACUUUGACGGUGUGUCCUUCCUUCACAUAGCCUGUACAAUCGGCAAAAAAAACAUCGUGGAACGCUUUCAUACUGACAUUGAAGUUCCUACAAAGAGUCAAAUAAAAUGGCACGUGAAAACACAGUGUGAAACGGCUCGGCCGAACUCCACGGCACUGCACAUUGCCGUAAUUUUCAACCAUCCUGAAAUCGUUGCAUUCUUGCUGGGGAAAGCUGCCAAUAUACACGCGCAGGACUCGCUAGGCUUCACUCCGGUACAUUUGUCAAUAUUUUCCCCAACGAUUAUUUGCUUGAUUUUCAAUACCAUUAAGGUUAUCGAAGAAGUUGUCAGCAAACAUGGCAUGACACAUUUGCACGUCGCUGCUUUCGUUAAUUUCGACGUUGUCAUCGGAGUACUUUUAAAAUCUGGCGCUAACGUCAACGUCACGUGUAAAUGCAACGUCCCUCUCAGUAAAUUUAGUUUCAUGAAUCAAACUCCUCUGCACGUCGCUGUGAAAAUGAAACAUUUGGACGCAGUUCGUACGCUACUCUCGGCGGGCGCUAGCAUUUACGCCAGUAGCUCAAGUUUGGGAUACGACACUCCUUUGCAAGCAGCAUUAAAAGACGGACGUGAAGUGAUAAUCGAGGAGUUCGUGAAGGAAUUACGUUAUGAUAGACGAAUGAGAGGGCCAAUAGAAGUCUGCGGUGUGACUCUACUUCAUUUGGCUUGUGCAGUACACGACUUCAAGUGGGUUAAAAAAUUGCUGAGUAAGGGAGCUGAUCCCAAUGCUCGAAUCAGCGUGAAUGAGAAUUAUAUAUCCAAUUGGAAAGGAUACACACCGUUGCAUUUGCUCUUUAUCAGAUAUAACUUCGUCGGAAGUAAAUUAAAAACUCUGAUGAUUAUAUUGAAAUUAUUACUCGAGCAUGGAGUUGACGUUACCUUGCAAUGUGAAAAGGGCUAUUCGCCUCUACUACUGGCUGACGAAAUUAUUUUUGAAAAAAAUAAGGAAGCUAGGAGAGAUAUGUGGGCGUUUAUUAUGGAAGAUUCUAGAGAGAUUGUUAAAAAUAAAAACACUGAAAAAACGGAGAUGAUCGCCCAGAGGCGCAUCGAGACUAUAGAAAUGUACGAGAUUCUGGAUUUUAUGUUGGAAAAUCAAAAAUCUUACGCUGUCAAUCCGGUAUCGAAGCACGGCGCUACGCAUUUCCAGUAUGCCUGCAAGAGAAACAACAUCAACAUUGUCUACAAGUUUUUGAAAAAUGGGGUCGACAUCAACCAGGCGGUAAAUAUCUUUGGAGUGAACUUGUCUCCUGGUUUCACGCCGCUACACUAUGCUUUCGCUCAUCGCAGUUUCGAGGUAGCCGAACUCUUACUUGAGCAUAACGCGGACGUGACCCUCACAGAUUUCCAAUCUCACAACGUACUUCACGUUACCGCGGCGUGUAACGUCGACGACGUGCGCUUACUUGAAAAGGUAGUCAGCAUGGGAUGCAACGUCAAAGGACUAAAUUAUCGUAAUGUUUCGCCGUUCGAGAUGCUCGUUAAAUCAAGAUUUAUGUCAUACGAUGAAUUUAAGUUCUAUAUUGAUCAUGGCUGUGACCUCGAAUUUUGUCAGGUAGAUGACCAGCAGGGUUUAAUAGGACAGUUGUUGAGAAGCGCAAGGGCGGAUCAUCGAGAAGCGAUAGUUCGAUUGCUAGUUGAAUCCUUCAACUUCAGAAAGAAAAUUAAAAAUGGCUUUAACCCUAUACAAAGCUUUGUUAGCACUUAUCCAGAACCAUACGAAUGGACGGUUGACAGAUACCUUGGAGGUAUUCAAUUUUUCAUGGACUUGGGUUGUAAACUCGAUGCUCCAAAUAUCGACGGAAAAACAGCUCUUCACUCUGCCAUUGCUUUCCUUAACGUAGGCGCUGUUGAGGCUCUAUUACUUCUUGGAGCUAAUAUCAACUGCAUAGACAACACCGGCAGUAGAACAAUUUAUCACUGCUCAAAUUCGUGGGGGUCAACUGAACGCGAAGAUAAUAUUAGAAAAAUUAGCUUAGUUCUCUCUGCUCAUAUAUGGAAGAUGAAUUUAGUAGGGCUUCAACUGAACGAAAGGAAUGCGAACCUUGCCGCAGGUUUUUGGUGGUCAGCUUUGAUCGAUACAGGGAUAGAAGUGCGUUCCAAGAAUGAAUUAAUGAAGUUGGCACAAAUAAGGAUCAACGAGAAAUGGACUAUGCAAGAUUUGCUAUCCGACUCUAAAAUAGUGAUUGAUUAUCAAUUCAUGCCAAGCUCUCAACGUCAGCUAAUCGAUAAAAUGUUCACGUCUCAAAUUGAUCUGCGCAGAGAAUAUCCAGAAUUCUGCGGAUUACUGACAUUACAAUAUAAGAGAGCAGUGAACAAUGUCUACCUUUACUGGUCAAUCAAGAAUUUGAUAAUGACGAUGUCUAACCUCGAACUCCCUGACGAAUGUAUGAAGAAUAUGCUCGGUUAUUUCACUUGUAAGCAAUGUGUGAAUUUUCACGAAACAGUUGAUAGCUUUGAUGAAAUUAACGAAAAUACUUGAACAAAGGGUGAGUCUUUUUAUGAUUCCGUUUUGUUAGUACUUAAUGUUCUGUAUUUUUAUAUCUGUCGACUAUUACAUUCAUUACUUACAUAAUGACUGUGCUAUAUCUGUAAGACGCUUAUUUCAUGACUUAUUAUCUUCCAAUAUGUUUUUGUAUGUACCUAUAAUUCAAAUUACAAAUCAUGCAAUUGAAUUAUCACAAAAAUAUAGUAAAAAAUGAUUUGAUAAAUUAAUAAAGAUUCUUAAACGAAU